AUGCGGAGGAGCCGGCCUGUGCCUCCGUCUCCUUCUGCGGACGGCCAGGCAGUGGCACACUCCCUGGUCCAUGCUGGCAGAGGGACAUGUUGGCGUCUGGGCUCAUCAGCGCACUCUGCCUUCAGCAGACUCUCAGUCGAGAGCGAGAGGCCUCCCCAGCUCACCUGGUCACAGAGCCGCUGCUGCCCCAGACCUCUGCUCUCCCCUCUUGACCCCAAACGCCUUGCUCCAGGCCUCGCCCUGGACACCAACUGCCCCCCUGGGGGGCCGCCGGAGGGCGGGUGCUGCGGAAGCUGCCCCCCUCCACAGGCAGCCCCGUUGCCUCAGGUGAUCAUGCCUACCAUAGCCGGCGUGGAGGUGUGCCAAGACAGAGAGGACGAAUGCCCACCUACAGACAGUGGGAUGGAUCUGAUGGGACCUCAGGACAUGACCAUGGAGGAUAUUCGACUGGACAAGAAAACAGAAAACAGGCUCCCUAUUCAAAUUUUCCCAGAUCCGGUUGAGGUGGUGCUGGGCCCCGAGGGCACGCUGACCUGUGUGGACCACGCGAAGGAGCGCCUGCCCUCCAUUGUGGUAGAUCCCACGGAUGUGGGCGAGGUGGAGAGUGGCGAGCUGCGCUGGCCCCCGGAGGACAUGGACUUAGAAGACGACGAGGAUCUCUUCCUGGAGCAGUGCAUCCCCCCGGCCAACAUCGCCGACUGGGGAGAGGACGAGGAGGAGGAGACGUCUGUCAUCGUCAACCACCAUCAGAACACCUCUCUGUUAGAUCUCCAGACGGAUGAGUUUAGGGAUGACACACCUACUUUACCUCCUGAGAGUGCCCCUGCCCUAAACUAAGGCUUCUCACCACUGCUCCCCCUCACCCUGAAGCCAACAUCCAGAGGAGGCAGCCCUUGGAGCCCACCUAACAUGGCUGUGAACACACACAACGAUGUUCAAAUGUUUGAACAUUGGUGGACACUUUGUAGACACUUUGUGGACACUUUACUCUUCACACGUCCAUUCGCUGUGUAGGAUGAGCACUUCUCCAAUGAACGGGGAGGCGAUAUGUUAUCUUAAUACUGUUUAAAAUCAUGUCCCCAAACAGAUGUUUGGUGUUGCAAUGUCUCAGUGGUUUCAAGAAAUGUGCUUACCAGUCAACAUGAGAGAAUAGCAUUAUUAUCACGUACCAAAAAGGGACUUGAAAAAAUGGCUGUAAAUAGGUUUAAUCAUCAAGUAAACCAAACAAAGGGAAAAAAAAUGCAAGAAUGCUUAGAAGUGACAGUUUUAGGAAAUAUUGGGUAAUCGUUUAACUGCACAGGGAAUGUUGCAUAGUGGGUGGAUUUUAGGAAGUUAGCCCCAGUUCACUAAAUGAUUCCUGUUUUUACACGUUACUAUACCAUAAGAAUAACAAAACAAUCUGUCUGUCAUCAAGUCUCAUGUUUGGCGUUUAAAAGCUAUAUACUUUACUAUGUAGUCACAGUUCAGUAUCAUUGUGCCGCAUUCUGUUGCUUACUUUUUCUGAAAAUAAAUCUUACUACUAAGGAUGA